AUGUUGUUUGCUUUCUUCAUGGGUAUCGUGUUUGCGCUUCUCCAACACUUUUUGUAUACUUUUCUGCACCACCAGAGAGAAGAGGACGAAGACAAGAAGUUUCGCUGGGUUUUAUACGGGCGUGCGCUGGCAUAUCUGUCCAAACUCGCUUUUGGUGGAUGUGUGGUCCUAGUCUUUCGCCAGCGCAUGUGGAGAGCGUUUAGGGAUCGGGCGUUUACCGUCCUGUCGAUCGAUCAGAUCUUUGGGGCCACGGAAGAUCCAUCAAUAUUCGGAAACUGGGAAGCCCUUUCUAGUGCGCCAGUCCUGUGCGCUAUCGCUUUGGUCAUCUGGCUGGUCCCGCUGGCAACAAUCAUCUUUUCACCCGGUGCGCUUACUUUCGGAAACUAUCUCGACAGCGAGAUAAUCAUCCUCAAGGUCCCUACGAUUGACUUCUCGAUGGAGUCCACAAAAGACUGGCGAUAUCCGGUGAAGUUGGCUGAUGGAAGCAACAAGAGGUCGAUGAUGUACUACAAUACUACCGAUAUUCCUGGCACAGCCCCAGGAUGGUUCGACUAUUGCGAUCAGCCAUCAGCGGAGCUAAGACGGAUCGCCCUUCUGCUGGCGUAUAGUAACGCGGAUCGCCCAAACAUCAGGCAAGACGCUCGGCAAGAUGCUUGUGGAGGGCCGUAUAAUUGCACUUACGAGCAAAGCUUCACUGGGCCAAGUUACCAAUGCGAAGAGAUAGCACGCAGUAUAGACGACGCAGAAAGACUGGAAGAACUAGGUGCUCCUUUUAACAUGAGCAUCCUAGCACCGCAAGGCCGCUUCGUUUACUACGCCGAAGUCGACAACGGCGAAUAUGCUCGUCCGCAAGCCGACAAUUUCCGCAAAGGUCCGGGCGGUAUACCUGAUGGUAAAAUUCCAGUGGACCUGGGUGUGUUCAAGUCAGAACCUGCACUAUGGAUUGGCUAUGCGUUCAACUCCACGGUAAAGCUGGCGGAGGAUGACCCUCUCGCAGAGAGAUGGACACAUCGCUAUGAUGCACGCAUCAUCCGCUGCACACAUAUGGAGACUAGGUAUACGGUCAACUGGAAUUUCAUCGAGCCGUUCUUCAACUCCACGGUCAAGCUAGAGCAUCUAAGACCGAUUGUAGAUACAAGUUUUCCCCGGGGAGUUGACGGCAAGAUCGACUAUACCCUUAAUCCGGGACCAGCGGAAAAGUACGUCAGCCCGAGGGACGAUGUGGGUCUAUACAAGAAGACGGCCGCAUACCAUGCUGUUGGCGACAUGUUCAGGGACUUCCUCCGCGGACACGUGGAUCUCGAACCGCCAUUACCCGGACCGUACUAUGCACAAGUCUAUUCUGAUGUCACAAAGACACGACUAGUUCAAAAGAAUAGCGAGCCUAAGCGAAACCUAACGGAUGAGAUCGAGACCUUCUACUCAGACAUGGUUCUGUCAUUGCUAUCAGCGCCAGAGAUGAUAGCAGUCGCCGAAGAACAGCUUACAGUGAACCGCUCGCGACUCCAAUCCUCAUUCGUCUACGUCCCCGAACGGCUCUGGCAAUGUUACGCGCCAGUCGUCUUUAUCACACUCCUCAUCCUCCUCUUCGGUGCUUUCACAAUCUGGCAAGACGGGACGACAUUCUCGACUGGCUUCUCUCGCAUUCUAGUUACCACACGGAACACCACCUUGGAUGACAUCAGCCGCGGCGCGUGUUUGGGCAAUGAUCCUUUCCCGUUGGAGUUGAUGCAUACUAGACUCAAGUUCGGUGUUCUUGCAAAUAGUGAUGAUCCAGAGUACACGAGGGAACAUGGGUAUCAGGGUAUUGGUGACUUCCAGAGUGUGAACCACUGUGCUUUUGGCGUUGCAUCGGAAAUCGCACCCAUUGUUAGAGGAGCGCCGUAUGCGGGGUUAACGAAGCGACGGAACGGGAACCCGUCGAUAGAUCCGCAGAUGGAGGAUGAAUAG